AUGGCCACCUUCAACCUAAGUGGCCAUGACACAGGCCCCUUCACUCUUCUGGGUAUUCCUGGACUGCAACAGUACCACAUCUGGAUCAGCAUCCCCUUCUGCUUAAUCUACUUAGUGGCCCUCAUGGGCAAUAGUAUCCUUCUCUAUCUCAUUGUGGUGGAGCACAGUCUUCACACACCCAUGUUCUUUUUCCUUUCCAUGCUGGCAACCACUGACCUUGUACUGUCUACCACAUGUGUCCCCAAAACUCUUAGCAUCUUCUGGUUUGGUCCCCAGAAAAUCAGUUUUCCUGGCUGUCUCAUUCAGUUAUUCUUUCUGCACUACAGCUUUGUCCUGGACUCAGCUAUUCUGCUGGCCAUGGCGUUUGACCGCUACGUGGCCAUCUGCUCACCCUUGAGAUACUCCAUGAUUUUGACCUCCAAAACUAUUGUUAAAAUGGGUGUGGGCAUCUCUUUCCGAAGUUUCUGUGUUUUUGUCCCAUGCGUUUUCCUUGUGAAUCGACUGCCUUUCUGUAAGACACAUGUCAUUGCUCACACGUACUGCGAGCACAUAGGCGUUGCUCGGCUUGCAUGCGCUGAUAUCUCCAUCAACAUCUGGUAUGGCUUUUGUGUUCCCAUCAUGACAGUGAUUGUAGACGUGAUCCUAAUUGCUGUCUCCUAUACUCUUAUACUUUGUGCUGUUUUUCACCUCCCUUCCCGUGAUGCCCGCCAGAAAGCACUUGGAACCUGUGGUUCUCACGUCUGUGUCAUCCUUAUGUUCUAUAUACCAGCAUUCUUCUCCAUUCUUGCUCAUCGCUUUGGGCAUAAUGUCCCACGUACGUUUCAUAUUAUGUUUGCUAACCUUUAUGUUAUCAUCCCUCCUGCACUCAAUCCUGUUGUCUAUGGAGUAAAGACUAAGCAGAUUCGGGACAAAGUCAUUCUGCUUUUUGCCAAAGGGUCCCAUUGA